AUGGCAGGAGUUGGUUCUAAAGCAAUGAAAAGAAUUAGGAACAGAGGAAACAGAAUGCUGGUGAACUCGCCUAUGAUUUCCCUCCCUCCUGAGCUUGUUACUGAGGUUCUUGCGCGUGUUGCUUCUUCCUCAGCAACUGAUCUAUUUACAGCCAAAUUAAGCUGCAAGGUGUUUUCUCAAAUUGCUGAGGAAAGCUACGUGUAUAAACGGGUCUCACUCGACAAGUUCCCCGUUGUGGCAUGGCACCACCGUCGCCAAAUUGCGGCGUUCUUCAACAAGUGUAAAUGCAGUAAAAAUCCCGAGGCCUUGUAUAGACAAGGAGUGGUUGAUUUUUUCGGGGGCGAGGAACUAAACUCUGCAAUCGAAUGCUUGAAAGAAGCUAUGGAGUCGGGACACGAGGGGGCUUCCUACGCCAUGGCAAUUAUUCUCAUCUUUUUCGGUGGUGACAUGAAGCAAAAAGGCAUAACUUAUCUCAGGGGAAUGAAGAAAUCAAGAAUUCUCGAAGGAAGGAUCGGCUAUUGUCGGGAGAGUUUGCGUAGGAUUAUAAGGAGGAUUUGGGUUAAAAAUCCGCUCGUUUUGAAUGAGAGACCAAAAUGCUGUACCAUGCAACACGAGAAACACAAAGGCUGGACCAGGUAUCAAUUUGAUAGAGACGACAACACCUGCGAGGCCUGCAAAUGUGAUGAAGAAAUUGCUUACAUCUGUGAUGCGCUCCCUCAAAUCAUCAUCUGA